UUUUCAACGCGUCUUCUCGUUUUCUACGAGACCUAUUUCAAUUGGCGGCAUUUAUAUCAAAUCAAUCCUUCACAUUUUAAAGGCAGUGUUAAAUGUGCAUCGCUAGUUGUAUUACUGUUUACAGUAUUGAUUGUCAAUAUAGUUGUUUCGUUUUGUUUCUGCUAGUAGAUUACAAAGCAUUCUUAAACAAUGAACCCAAAAAAGCGAAAAGCCGAUGAUGAAGAUGACAGCUGCGAAAAUAAAACUGAAUUUUUAAAAGAAGAUGGAAAAAAUGAAAGUUUGGAUGUUUCAAAUUGCGGAAGCGGUGAAUGUGGAAAUUUAACGGAUCAACAAAAAUCGGACAAUGGCGGUUCAAAAGAAGAGCCCGGGACAAGCGAUGGCAAAUGUUCCGAUAAAGAAUCUAAUAACUGUGCUAAUUUAUCGAGUGAUCAACCAGAGAAAAAGAAUAUUCACUUAGCUGGUCCUGAAGCAUCUGGGACACUGUUAUUUUGUGGCGGUACUAAUUGGGAUCUAAUUGGCCGUAAAGAGUUGCCAAAAACUGCUAAAGGAGCUGGUGGCGUGAAUUUGUGGGGACCUCACAGAAUUGCCUCUCUUCAAGGCAUUAAAGUUACCGGUGUCUAUGCUGGUAGCUGUGCUGUACACAGUGUUAUUAUUACUGAAGGUGGUAAACCAUAUACAUGGGGAAGAAAUGACAAAGGUCAGCUGGGCCAUUGUGAUACUAAACGAAGAGACACUCCCACUCUUGUUGAUACAUUAAAGGAUCACAAUAUAAUAUCAGCUGCAUGUGGACGAUCUCAUACUUUGUUCCUUUCAGAAAGAGGUAUUGUUUAUUCAUGUGGUGACAACAAAAUGGGACAGUGCGGAGUGGGAUCCCAGAAUAAUGCUAUCAACAUUCCAACAAAGGUUCCAUUUAAAGGGAAAUCUAUUACCAAAUUAGCUUGUGGUGCAGAAUUUAGUGUAAUCUGUGAUGCAAAAGGGGGCAUGCAUAGCUUUGGAUUGCCAGAAUAUGGACAAUUGGGACAUAAUUCUGAUGGAAAAUAUUUUGUAACCAGUAACAAGUUAUCCUUUAGAUGUGAAGUUGUGCCUAGACGCAUAAUAGCAUUCAUUGAAAAGACACGCGAAGGACAUGUUACUCUUGUUGAUGAUGUUCAUAUUAUUGAUGUGGCAUGUGGAAUUAAUCAUAGUGUGGCAAUUGAUUCUAAAAAGCGAUGCUUUUCAUGGGGAUUUGGUGGGUAUGGCAGACUCGGUCACGCUGAACAAAAAGAUGAGAUGGUGCCGAGACUUAUAAAAUCGUUUGAUGGUCCCAAUCGAGGUGUGAAAAAAGCUUUUGCUGGUGGUACUUACAGUAUGGCUGUGAAUGAAUUUGAUGUUUUGUAUUUCUGGGGCCAAAACCGAAGAUCUGGAGAGGCAACCAUGUAUCCCAAACCAGUUCCAGAUCUUGUGGGAUGGUCAGUGCGUGAUGUUGGUUGUUCAAACACUUCAGUUGUAUGUGUUGCUGAUGAGAGUGUUAUAUCAUGGGGUGCAAGUCCCACUUAUGGCGAAUUAGGUUAUGGUGAAUCCAGGCCUAAAUCAUCUACUACUCCUCAGGAAGUUAAACCUCUUAAUGGAUUGCACAUUCAAGCUGUUGCUUGCGGCUAUGGACACACUCUUCUCAUAGCCCGUGAUGAAGCAGAAGAAGACCAGAAGGAGCUUAAUAAAUUGCCAGAAUAUUCACCAUGAUAUUCUUUUUCUCCCACACUUUCAUUAUUAAUGUUUAAUUUGUGGUGGGUGAACUUACUAAAAUGUUUCUUUUGUUUUUUUUAAAUCUUUAAGGUUGUAAGGUUUUUUUUAUUUUUGAACAAUUUUUAGCAUUUCCAUUUUAUGUAUAGAAUACUGUGCUUGUUUUUGUGAAAUUAUCAUAUUCCAUUUUUUUAAAAUAUUUAUUACAUUGUAGGGACGGAAAGUUCCUUUUUACUUAACACUGAAAUAUGUUUCAUUUUUUUAAAUUUUUAUUAAUUUCAUAUUUGGAAUUUAUAUAAUUUAUCCCAAAAUCAUUAAAAAGGUGCGAAAAUAGCCCAGUAUAUUUCUGUUAGGUGUUGAUAAAGGCAGGGAAAUUUACAGUUUAUGCUUUGUAGGUGAUUUUAGAAAUGAUACUUAAAAAGAAAAUUAUUUGUUAUUUAAAAUUGUGUGAUUCUUGUAAGUAGUGAAUUCAUUGGUAAAUAGCUUUGCGAGAAGCUAUGUUUUUAUUUCAUUCUCAUUGUGUGUGUUAACUUUGUGCUAAAAGAAUGUAUCAUGACUCACUAAUGUUCUAUUAAAUGUCCUCGUGAAUGGUUUAAAUGUCUUCACAUUCCAUGUUUUUCAACUUUGUUACAUCAUCUUAGUGAGUUUUAAUAAUAUGAAUUUCUAAUUGAUAUCAUAGAUGGCAAUGCUAAAUAACAUUUUAAUAUUCUAAAAGCAGAGAACAGCUGUUUUCAUCAUUUGUGAAUAUUAUGUAUAUAAUAAGGUUGACUUCUGUGAUAUGCACAAACUUAUGGGUACGGUUAAGCUAGCUUAAAAAAUUAUCAAUCAUCUAAAUUGUCUCAUUCCAAGAAUUUCUUUCUUUAAAAUAAUGCUGUUUUUCUGCUUUUAUGUUCUCAAAAAAUGUUUUUUUAAAAAAAGAAAGAUGCAAUCACCGAUGUGCAUUUGAAAUAAAAGCUUCACAAAGUGAAUCACUUUCAAUAUGUUAUCAAUUGAACAACAGUGCAGAAAUUUGUGCUUUUCUGAAAUUAUUCUUUUUUUUUAUAUUCAAAAAGUUGCAAUAUUUAGAGUGUUUUACCUCUCAGCUAUUUAUUUUGAUCUGAGAUAUUCAUCACCAUUGGUGCUUAAUCCAUUAUUUUUGUCAUAAAUUUAAUAUCAAAUUUUUAAAAGUAUAAUGUUGUGUUUUUUAAUCUGUGAAAACUGUUCGUUUUGAAAAUUUUUUUUACUUGUACAUCUUCAACUGUGAACUGGUAUUUGAUAUUACUUACUGUAACCAUUAACUUUAAAACAAUAAAAUUGCUUUUAAAAGUUA